AUGUAAUAAUAAAACAAUCUUGAUGAAAUAAGCUUAAAAAUUAGAUAAAGAAAAUAAACUUUAAGUUAAAUAAGAGAAGUCCUAGUUCAUGAUAAAUAUUUUGAGGAUACUGUGAGUAUUUCAAAGAGUGUCGAUAUUUUAAUAUCUAGAGGGAAAAUAGAUGUGGAUAUAUUUCUGAAGAAAAUAAUAAUUUUUGGAAUGCUUAUUAGUAUAAAAUCAUGAAAAUUAGAGCUUAAUCCCUUGAAAUUAGAAAUAACUAAGACAAAAUAAAUGCCAUAGGGGACUAUUGUAAGAUGUUGAAAGAUGCAAACUUAGUGAAGUUAUCACAAAAAGAAGAAAUGAGGGCUUUGAUUUAGCAAGGCCUACCUGAUGUUCGUUUAAAGCUUUUAAAUGAUAUGCAGUUGAUAUAUAAUGGAAUGAUCUUCCCCUAGAAUCUUAGUUUUAAGAGUGUUACUAAUAAAAUAUGCCUGAUAAUCGAUAUCAUUUACAAUUCAUUUGCUGGUAAGAUGAUUGUUAUAUAAGAUUCUAUUUAUUUGGGUCAAGAUUUUCUAGAUUAAAUGGAGAAGAGUGAUUAGAUUCUGUAUAAUUUGGUGAUUGUGCCAAUUUAGAGUUAUAUUGAGCAACUUGUUAGUAUUCAAUUUGAAGAAGAAACAGUAUGAAGAAUGUAUAUUUGUUAGAAACAUCUAUUGAGUUUAAAUGGGAUUUGUGUGAACAUUGACUUAGAUCAAUGA